GAGAAAAGUGAAAAUGGUAAAGCCUAAGGUGCAGAGGUGUACACUUGAACAACUGUACGUACUAAUAAAGAGACAAAAUUGGUAAACAGGCAGUGGAGCUGAUACAUACAUACAAACAAAAUUGGAGUGGCACUCUCCCUCUGCCAAGUUUGUCACCAUAUGAGUAGUACUACUAAUACUCACUCUACUCCUCCUCCUCCUGUGUGUAUAUAUAUAUAUAUACACACACAUAUUCCUUUUCUUCUUCCUUGAGCAAAAUCGAUCAAGCUAAGGCCUCAUUAAUGGCGGAUCCCAGCCAACAGCAACUUGUUUACGAUUUCUGGAACCAACUGCAGUCUUCUAAUUCCUCCACCACAGAUAUGGUGGAUCCAUCAUCAUCCAUCAUCCCUAUCCCUAAACCAAAACCUAAAGUGCCAUCUGCAUCUUCUAGAAUGUUCUCUUGUCUCUACUGUUCUCGCAAGUUUUGCACUUCUCAAGCACUUGGAGGACACCAGAAUGCUCACAAGCGUGAAAGAGCCGCUUCUCGCCGCAAUAUGUUCUCCACCCCCACCACUGCUGCUGCUGCGACCGACCACACCAACAACAAUAUGGUCCGACUCCAUUUUCUUCAGAACAACGACAAUAUGGACCCCUCUUCUCUCAUCAUGCCUCAACAAAACAUCAUCAUCCACGACGACGCUGCUGCAGCGAACACUUAUGGGAACCCCAACUACAACAUGAUGAUGACUGGCAAUGCUAAUUACUGCUGCUUCCAACAGACACCUCCAAACGUUAACAACUUUAACCCCUUCUCGUCUUCUUCAUCUUCUCAUGAUGGUUUUUACACUCCACCAGAUCUUGGGCAUCAUGUGUAUUUUGCUACUGCUGAUGGUGAUGCUGCUCCGUCAACUCCUCAGGAUUUGUCCACCAUUGAUGAACGCCAACUGAAUCUCGACCUUACCCUUCGUCUGUAGAUGAACUCUUUCUUGUUAUUUCUCCCAAAUUUUCAGCGUCUUGGAUAGAUCAUAGCCACUUACACUACGUUUUCAGUCGUCAGAUCUAAUGUAUGUUUUAAUUGCUAGCUACUAAACUAGAGUUUUCUGGUUUAAUACUGCUUUGGAUUUUACUUAAUUCAUAGAGUCUGCUCAGCUUUGAUCUUUU